CUGCAGAGUAAGUGAAGAGGUAAGCAGAGAGCGAAACGGGGUAUUCCACACGUUGUCGCUUUCUUGUUGAGCUCGGUUUCUCACUACAGUUUCCUCUGGCUGGAGAUCAAAGUCUUUGUGGUCUCAGCAGCAUCAUGUCCAGGGUGGACCGGACCAACUGAUUGCAGGACGCAUGGAGUUUAAGUGUUGUCUCUUUUUUCUUCAUCUUCAGCUUUGAAAAUGAAUAGUGCAUGUCUGUCUGUGUAUGAAUGCACACUUAUUUGACGCUGUUGGAAGUGCGGUUGCACUCUAUCUAUCUAUCACCACUGACACCUAUCAAUCUGUAAACAAAAAGUGAAGAGGAGAAACAAAGCCAGGGAUAGAGAACAAAUGGAGCCCUGCACUUUGAAAGCAUCUUUCAGGAUGUGAGAAAGCGCAAAACCGAUCUUUUCCUUCUCAAAAAAGCAGUACAAGAAUGGGCCCAAGUGCUGGUCUGCUACCUCUACUGCUGCUGCUUCCCAGCCUGCUUUCUGCUCAGCUCACCACUGUGUCUGAACUUGAGGACACGUCCAGCUUGGAGUUCACCCCAACUCCUUGUCUGACUGACCCAAAUACCGUAGCAGGGAAGACCUUGUCUUCCAGCGCUCUACCCACCAGCCCACCUCAGGUGAAAGCGAGCACGGAGGAGGACCGAUCUGCCGUGGAGAACUACCUCUACACAGGCAAUUCGUCCUCUUUGGCUGCCUCCACCUGCACACGGAGUUUCCAGCUGCCUGUUCGACUUGGAUCUCCCCCUAGAGACCUUCUCCCUCUCUUGCACCAAGCCAUAGCGUCUCUGACCAAUGCUGCCAACUUUCUCAACCUGAUAUUCCAAGCAAGUGAGCUGAGAGAAACGAGUGUACGAGAGGAUAUCGAGUGGUAUCAUGCACUGGUGCGGGCCAUGCUCGAAGGGGACAGGCCAGGUCUGGUCAGACGGGCUUUUCUAACAUUCGACGCUGACCCAACCAUCCAACAGCCCCAACUGGUGCUCCGUGCCUCUAAAGGCACAACCCAAGACAUUCUCCUGCAGGACCUGACGUCUGCCUGGAACGGUUUCCGUCCUCCUGCUCCUGACCAAAGCUGGUUUGAUACAUUUAAGUCUAGCUCUCCACCCCUCCAUGCUUUGUCUAAACGGGUUCUUCUAAAUGACCUAAGCACCCUAGACACUCCCAAAUGGGCACGUGGGGAUAGUUAUGUGAUCAAUAGCAGUGGGGUUCAGUGGGGCGAAGCCCCUUUCCUUGAGUGCGUUGAUGGACGUUUUUUGCCAGGGUGGUUACUCAGUCUCUCAAUGCCAUUUUAUGGUUUGAAGCCAGACCUCAGCCCAGAAUUCAGGGGUGUGAUCCGUGUCGACGUCAACAUCCAGGGAUUCAAUGUGGAUCAGUGUGCCAGUGAAGACUCCUGGUUUGCAAACACACAUCAAUGCAAUCAGACCAGCAUGGAGUGUGAGUCUAUGCCACAACAGGGCUUCCGGAUGGGUCAGUACUGCUGCCGAUGUAAAAAGGGCUACUACAGUCCAAAUCCAGACACAGAAAACAAAAGGAAUAGUACCCGAGCUUGUUACCCAGAAGUCCCUGUGUGUCUGCCCUGUUGGCCUGGCUGUGAUGAGUGUGAGGAUGGAGCCCCGUGUUGGGUGCAGGAAGACUGGCUCCUGAGGGCAGCCGUCCUGGCUGUACAGGGCCUCUUCAUGAUCCUUGUGCUUAUCAGCAUGCUGGUGGCAUAUCAGUGCAGAAGAACCAAGCGGAUCCGAUCGUCGGGGCUUUUGCUGCUGGAGAUGAUCCUGUGUGGCUCUCUGUUACUUUACUUCCCAGUCUUCAUUUUAUACUUCAAACCCAGCACUUUCCGGUGUAUUCUACUCCGCUGGGUCCGUCUGCUUGGCUUCGCCAUUGUUUAUGGAACUGUGACGCUCAAGAUGUAUCGGGUUCUGAAGGUCUUCCUGUCGCGUACGGCCCAGAGAGUGCCAUACAUCACUACCACAGGUGUGCUGAGGAUGCUGGGAGUCAUAGUGCUGACUGUAAGCUGGUUCCUGUGUGCGUGGACAGUGGGCGUCUUGCAGAAUAGAGACCGGAAUGUUCCACUGCUGAUCAUUUCCACUACCUCAGAAGGACAAGGCUUCAAUGUAUGCGAUCUGGACCGGUGGGACUACAUGAUGGCUGUGGCGGAGCUUUUAUUUCUGUGCUGGGGCAGUUUCCUGUGCAGUGCUGUGAAGACGGUACCUUCAGCAUUUCACGAACCACGUUACAUGAGCAUCGCUAUCCACAAUGAGCUACUGCUCUCCUCAGUGUUUCAUCUUCUCAGAUUUGCAAGACCAUCAAUUCAUCCCGACUGGAUGCUCUUGCUGUUCUUCACUCACACGCAUGUCACAAUUACUGUAACGCUCGGCCUACUUUUUGUACCUAAGUUUCUCCACAUGUCACAGCCUGGCCGAGAGGAAAUAGCUGCAGAGGUAUACGAGGAUGAGGUGGACUUGCGCCGCUCAUGUUCUUACCUCAACAGUAGUUUCAACUCUAAUUGCUGGAGUGACCAUAGCCUGGACCCUGAUGACAUUCGGGAUGAGCUGAAGAAACUGUAUUCUCAGCUGGAAGUCCACAAGACCAAGAGGAUGGCAAACAGUAAUCCCCAUCUUCCGAAGAAGCGCAGCUCUCGCCUCAGUAUUGGACGGUCCCUUAUAAAACGGAUCAGUGAAAUCCCAGAAAGUUUAAGCAGGCAAUGCAGUCGUGAAGAUAAGGAUAUCAAUGCUGCAAUAGGAACUAUAACGCGAUCAGGAUCUCAUUACAAAAGCCAUCAAACCACAAGCAUUAACAAGAUGAAUGAAACUUUAACGCAGCCCUCUCCAAAGCUGAAGAAGUCCCAUAGUGCCUAUGAUUGUACCCCAGAAGGAGAGGUCUCCUUGUUAAACUCCAUAAGGAUCAAAGAGAAAAGGGUUUCACUGCAUUCUGACUCAGGAUCCAUCAAUGCAACACUGCUGGUCUGCAAGUCUGCCAGUGCCCACAAUCUAUCAGUAGACACAAACCUUCUACUUCCAGAGCCCACCAGGUUUCAAAAGUCACUUAGUGUCAUAGAACGAAAUGACCAUCGCUCUGUGACUCCUUGUAGGAGCAUUGGAAAUGUGUCAGUUGCUGGCAAAGCUGCCCCAGCCGAAAAGCCCCAGCCAACUGUGGAUGUUGAUAUAAAGAGGCAGACUUCAAGCGCCUUGCUCUCAGAGUCAUUCGACAAGGCCGAGGUCUGCCCUUGGGAGAUUCCAGAGGAACACCCAGCAAACAAGAAUGAAAAACAUGUCACAUAUUCCAUUUCAAAUCAAGAAGAGCCCAAAUCACCUGGUGCUGCUUCGUCACCAACGCUGUUGUAUGUUUGUCCAUGGGAAUUCUUGCCACCUCCUCCUACUCCUGCAACAGAAACUGGGAAUGGUAUACAUUUAGAUGUCGAUUCCACAAAUCCCAAGCCUUCAGUCUCUUGUAGUGCUCCAGGGUCUCCACAUACAACCCCUGGCAAGCCAAAGGACUUUCGGGUUUUCUCUUUCCGCUCCACUACCCAAAGUCUCCUUGUAGCAAAGGGCAUUGGGGAAGUUGGAAGAAGUAUGAGCAGAGAAAAAAGCCUACAAGAAAGUAAUGUUAAGGAGGGAACACUGCAGAAAUCACUGUCCACAUCCAUGAGAUUGUACCCAGGCAGUGCAGCUUCAGAGAAGCGUACCCCACAGACACACAGACGGGCUAUGACUACCGUUGGCACAAAACCUUGCCUUGUCAAACAAACAGCAAUACGGCUGCCAUCUAGUGAUUCUCCUGAAAGGAGCCCUAAACAUACUGCUCCAGUUCACAUCUGUCCAUGGGAGUCAGAGGAGGUUAUUUUGGAGGUCAAGAAGCAGAAUGUGAACGACUGUGUAUUACAAAGACAAUACAGUGACAAGCAAGUACUAUCGGUGACAGUAAGUAAUGAUGUCUUCAAACCACCUGAGUUCGAACUUAAAUCACUAUUGGCUGUUCCCAAUACAGAAGUGUGUCCAUGGGAUGUCCCAAAACCUUUUCAUCAAACCAGCAUUUCUGAAGUCUGUCCUUGGGAAGUUGUGGAAGUAGAGCAAUUGCAAACCAUGAGCACACGUACUAAUGUUUGUCCUUGGGAAACAGAUGGUGACCCAUCAAGAGUCACUGAGGACAAUGAAUGUAAUAUAAAUGUUGAAGUCCCUAUGUCUGAAGACACCCAGAAGCAGAUAAAUGUGAAGCCUGAUAGACGCUCUUCUGUACCUAACACAAAUAUUUCUCAUGUUAGACAGGGAUCCAUCAAAACCCCUAGUGACACAAUAAAACCUGGUGAAAGAGUCAUUUAUGUUAACGCAAGACAAAGUCCAGUAGACCAAGAACUUGCUCAGAGAGAUGCAGGUUCAGAAGAAACAAGUGAUAUAUUGAAACAACAAGAAAGUGAUUUUCCUGAACCACCCCCACCUGUAAUUGACGUAAGUCUUUGGGAGUCUGAGCCAAAUACUAAAGACACUACAAGACAGUCUUUAAAAGAGACAGUGGCUAAGAAAGCAAACGUUUGUCCGUGGGAAGCAGAGGCUUCUGAGAAGCCAGAAGAGAAGGAGGGUUCUACAAACAAGGGACCAACAAAAGUAGAUCAAAAACAAGAAAAUGUUCAUGCAAAUGUGUGCCCAUGGAAAACAAGUGAGUCUGUGAAGACAACACAGAAACAAGAAAGUGUAUGUGGAGAUGUCUGUCCAUGGGAGACAUGUGAAUCAGUCAAGGCCUUACAGAAGCAAGAAUGUUGUGAAAAUGCUUGUCCUUGGGAAACACAAGAGACAACAAAGACCUUGCAGAAACAAGAAAGUGUCCAUACCGAUGUUUGUCCAUGGGACACAGAUGCACAAGUCAAGACCUUGCAGAAACAAGACAGUGUUCGUGCAGAUGCCUGUCCAUGGGAGACAGGAGAGCCAGUCAAGACUUUGCAGAAACAAGAAAGUACCCAUGCAGAUGUCUGUCCAUGGGAGACAGAAGGACCAACAAAGACCUUGCAGAAACAAGAAAGUGUCCGUGCAGAUGUCUGUCCUUGGGAGACAGGAGAGACAACAAAGACCUUGCAGAAACAAGAUAGUGUUCUUACAGAUGUCUGUCCAUGGGAGACAAGUGAGCCAGCCAAGACCUUGCAGAAUCAAGAUAGUGUUCUUGCAGAUGUCUGUCCAUGGGAGAAAGGUGAGCCAGUGAAAACUUUGCAGAAGCAAGAAAGUGUCCGUGUAGAUGUUUGCCCUUGGGAGACAGGAGAACCAACAAAGACAAUGCAGAAACAAGAUAGUGUUCUUGCAGAUGUUUGUCCAUGGGAGACAGGUGAGCCAACAAAGACCCUGCAGAAGCAAGAAAGUGUUCGUGCAGAUAUUUGUCCUUGGGAGACAGGAGAACCAACAAAGGCCUUGCAGAAACAAGAUAGUGUUCUUGCAGACGUCUGUCCAUGGGAAACAGGUGAACCAGUGAAGGCCUUGCAGAAGCAAGAAAGUGUCUACUCAGAUGUCUGUCCGUGGGAGGCAAAACAAUCUGUGCCACAAGACUGCACUCAUGCUGUCCCACCAAAAAGGCAAGACAGUGCUCAAGAAUCUGCCUGUACCAGGGAAAAUGACAUGGGAACGCCACCACUGUCAGAAAGAGGCACAAGUCAAACUGUCCCAGAUAAACGUCAGAUACACCCUUCAGACACAGACACACAGACAGCAGAAGAGAUAAGAGUUAACACUCCUCUGGCUCGACGUGACGCACUGUGCCCUUGGGAUAUGGGAGAGGGCAGACAAGAAUCUAUAACGGUGAACGAUAAUUCAGAUGUCUUCACUUGGGAGGAGACGAUACCAGAGGAAGAUGAUGGUGAUGCAGAAACUGCUGCAGAGGCCUUCAUCUUCCCUCCAGACUUGUGAACUUUGAGGGCAGUAUCAUUGUGCUUUAUAUAGCUUGAAAGACUCAUUGUGACCAAAUGGACCACUGGUCAUGCUUUUCAGCUUUAUGCAGAAUGUCUCUCCAGUGUCAUCAGCACACAGACUGUCAUUUAAGAAAGAAUUCCACCUAUGGCAAAUUUCUCCUUCCUCAGCUUACUGAAGACUGACUGAUAUCAAGACAGACUGCUCUCCUGUGAAUAUUCCCCUUUGGCCUUACAUUAAUACAACCCCUCCUGUUUAAUUUGGUAUUGUUUUGUGUUUUUGUGUUCAAAUGACUAUGUAGAUUAUAUUCUCAGUAAAACUUGCAUAACCAAUAUACCAUAAG